UAGAACUGUGUUUUGAAAUCGUUUGUUGUUUCAUUCAAGAACUUAUAUUUGAAUGUAUUUUUCUCCCAUUUUUAUUCCAGUCCUAGUGAUGACAAUGCGUUUUCCGAGGACAAGGCUCUCGGUCAGACACCUCCUCUGCUUCGCUAUAACGUGUCUGCUGACUUUCGCCAUGCUGCAAACCGCCCGCGACGCUGCCGCCACGCCCGAGUCCUGGCGAGACUCCGACUACACGAACGCCAAAGGAAGCGAGGACACCCUAACCAUCGCGGUCCCCAAAUACCCAAAGGAGAGCGAAGAGAAAGGCCGUUACGAAGGAAAAAACAGUCACGCUGCAAAAAGUCAGGAAGGAAAGAACAGUCACGACACAACUAGUCACGAAGGAAAGAACAGUCACGUCACAAAUAGUCACGAAAGGAAAAACAGUCACGACACAAAUAGUCACGAAGGAAAGAACAGUCACGACACAAAUAGUCACGAAGGGAAAAACAGUCACGACACAAAUAGGCACGAAGGAAAGAACAGUCACGAAGCAAAAACCAGUCACGAAGGAAAAACCAGUCACGCCGCCGCCCACACCGUCAAGUGCGACUGCGCCUUCGAGCGGAGGGUCACGGACUUCUUGCUCUCGAAGGAGUACGAGAAGAAAAUCGCCAGACUGAACGCGACGAUGCUGGAGCUUCUGGAAUCUUCGCACCCGAACCUCCCGGCCUCGUUCCUGCACCGACGAGGACUCGCGGGCGGAUGCGACCUCCUGCCGUCGCAGUUCGAGUGAGUCGCCGCCCUUCGGUUGCGUGUCGUUCCUGUUUUAUUCGUU